CUUUAUAAAUCCAACAGAUCUUAUAUACCAGAUAUGUUACAUCAAUAACAUCGAUACACCCAGUUUCCAAAACAAAAACAUAUUUUUGCCAAACUUAAAAAAAAAUCCCUUUUCGAUAUUUGUUUUGAACUUGAGGCCCUCCGAAAUGUUGUUUACUUACAAGGAACUAAUUGACUUGGCCAUUGGCACUCCGGAAUCGGGACACGUUAAUUUUUAUGCGUUGCAAGUUUUACUUACGUGCUUUGCCCAGCGCCUGGAGGUCCUCGAUAAAGUGGUCGAAGUGCAGAACAGUUUCCACCUUGGAAUGGAUUCGGAGUUCCGACUGUUUGCCGGAGCGGAUGAGGAGGGAGAAGCACCUGGAGAGUCGGCAAAUGAAGCAGCCGAGGAGGAAGCAGUUGAGGAAGCACCAGUACAGGAGGCACCCGUCGAGGAGGCACCAGUUGUGGAGGCGCCAGUUGAGGAGGCACCAGUUGAGGAGGCACCAGUUGAGGAAGCGCCAGUUCAAGAGCCACCAGUUGCGGAGGCACCAGUUGAGGAGGCGGCAGCUGAGGAGUCGCCACCUCAACCACUUACCGAAGGAGACACCAAGAUAAAAAUAGAAAUCAUAGAAGGUAAAACUGACGGAGACGGAACAGAACCUGGUCCUGAUUCGGCCGAAACUGAACAAGUUCCUGAUGACGCUAACCAAGCUGCCCAAGUCACCACGCCAAGUCGAAAGGAAGGGGAAUCGUUGCUUUCUGCUCGCUCAUCCCACAGGAAAUUGCCGUCGACAGUUGAUCCUUCCGUAGUUACCACUAUCAUGCGCCUGGAAAAACGCUUGUCUUUAAUAGAAGUUAACAAUGAGAAGGCUGUUGUAGAUAUGGAACAGUUUGUGAGCCAUUUUAAGGUCCAGAUGAUGUUGACCAUUGAGCAGAUUAAUAAUGUGGCCCACAUACUGAUCGACCGGAAACGUGACCCGCAUAGGAUAAAGGUAGUCCGUCUAUUUGCAAAACAACUUAAGGCACUUUUGCAAACCGGAAGCACCAAGGAGAUCUCCGUCAGUUGGUCCAGUGAUGACGUCGACGUAGAUGCAGAUCAGGAGGAGGAUUUGAUAGAGGAUGAUUUUCUAGAGGAGGAUUAUUCGGGAAUGGCGGAAUUCACGGCAUCCCAACCAUCAGCAUUCUUAAAAGGAGAUAUGCCCCUUGGCUUGGAGCGAGUCUACAAUGAUGUAGUGCAUCUUAAAACACAAGUCUGUGCCCUCACCAACAAUGUCAACGAUCUGGCGGAUUUAAUGGUGAAACACGACUGCCAGGUAUUGUUGGGUAAAUUUGGACAACUCCAGAAUGGGAUCCAGGACUUGCAUGUCUUCAAGAGCAGCACUCAGGAAGCCACUUCCCAUAUUAUGGACAUCCUGAAUGGAGCUACCAAGCAGAUUGACAAUUUGCAAAGGUCCGCUCUCCUUUUGGAUGAACGGAAGUCUGACAGAAUGGAGGUGGAACUUAUGAUGGCGGAGAAAGUCAACUUCGAGCAACUGGGCACCAAAGUUUCCCUAGAGCAGCUUGAGGACUUCAAAUUCACGCUGGACAAAAUGUUCUGCGAAGUUCGUAACGUCGUCAGUGAGAACGAGAGGAAUGUCCUGGAAAUCAUCGAUAAUUUGCGAAUGACCCUGGGCAUCGAUGCCAUGGAAGUGGGUCUUAAGGAAUUCCGUCAGAUGAUAGAGAAGAGGGUGGGAAUGAUCGCUGAUGCUCUACAGGGAUACAUGGAGAUGACAAACGACGAAUGUGCUGCAGCCGCUGGCAGAGUCAAGGUCAUGCAGGACUUGGCCUGCCUCUCCUGUGAUACCACCUGCUUAAUGCGCACAGUGGAGCGUCAGAAACUGCCAUCUAUGCCAACGGCCAAGGGUUCCGUUGGUCUGGCUCCACUUGUAGCCUAUGAUGUGGGACAGAUUCGCGGCACUGGUCUUAUGGGUUACUAUCGCAAGGACGAGUUCCCGUGCUCGCCCCACGCCUGGACCAAGGGAACUUCCCGUGUCCCACUUGACAAGUGUAAUCCCAGACAUGCCGGAGGAGUUCACACCGUCCACACAGCUGAAGAGCAUGUCCAGAAGGUCGUUCUCUCCAAGAGGAACUCGGGAUGGGUGUAGAACGAAAUGCUUACCUACCAUAUUAUCAUUUAAAUUUAGCAGAUUUACAAAAUAUAUGAAAAAAAAUAUACUAUUUACAAUGUUAAGAUGAUAUUAAAACCACAUUAUACCCCUUAAAAUGUAA